AUGCCGUCGGCAGACUCGAGUCCUGCUCCAGGCUCACGAUCACCCUCGAUACCCACAGCGCGCAACUCAGCAGAUGCGAUUGCCACGGUGCGGCGCAUAUCUUCCUCGUCUCAGCCUGCGUCUUCCACCGUUGUCGACAUCAGCAACGGCCGAAAUGGCAUAGGAGCAACUACCGCAACCUCUCAUCAUGCCGAAACCUCGACACACGCCACGUUGAGUGCAGAGCCGCCAGCCCCCUUGACCGGCAAACGAUCCCGCUCAGGAUGUUUGACCUGCCGAAAACGCAAGAAGAAGUGCGACGAGACCCUUUGCGAGGAGACGGGUGGCUGCUGGCGAUGUCGAAAUGCAGGCUACCAGUGCGAAGGAUUUCGAAGGCCUCCUGUCGUCUUUGAACCAGGUUCCGCGUCGACGUCCAAGAACAAGCGAACCAGGGGGUCGCCCGAUGCUCAACUCGAUCAGAUUCGCAACCGCGUCAAGCUCGAAGGCGGCUCUCAUGCCGAUGUGAACGGGAUUGUGGAUCCACGAUCAGCUGCACUUGAACAUGGAUCUUUCUCUUCGGUGGGUCCAAGCGCCCAAACUCAUCGCACCUCGCAUGGUUCCAUCGAUCCGCAAGGCCUCGACAUGGCCAACAGCCUCGCGCAGUUCGCCGGUCUCGCUACCAGCUCAGCAGCCUGGCCGCUCGAAUCCGAGAGCAAAGGCGGUACAUCAUCGUCCUAUCCACCCUUUGUGCAUCCGUCGACGAUGAUCACGGCUUCAUCGCAAACACCUCAAGCUACAGGACAGCGGCCGCACGACCGUUCUACCACGCAGCAUCUGCAUCAACAGCAACAAUCGCUCACUACGAUACCGCUGCAACCGUCGGCGGUUGCUUGCGAGAUCGUCGGCGACUGUCUCUUCUCUGGUCGUCACCUCUGUGCGUCGUGCAGUGCCGUGGCGAAUCGCCUGAUGCAGCCCGACCCAGCACAGCUUGCAGCACUCGAUGCCGACUUGGUUCAGGUUCAACCCAUGCCCAGUCUGUCCACACCUAUGGCUUCGCGUCACCAUUCGCCCGAGGCGAGCAACGCCAACGCAUCCUCGCACGCUGCCACCGCCAAAUCGCGGCUCGUCAUGGAGAGUCUCAUCGGCUACUACAGCACGCUCAUCACCUGUUGGGUGCAGGGAUGCGAUGUGCGCGGUAUCGAGAAUUCGACACUGUUUCGGCAGCUCGUGCCGUACCUGCUGGACAGUGUUGAUCGACACACGCCUCUGAGGCUGUCGAUUGCGGCGGUUACCGCGGGGUAUGUGGGUGGGGCGAGGUUGACGUGGCCGAAGGAUGUGGUAGCGAUCCAUCAGUGGGCGAACACGUUGCGUGCGGAUCGUACCUCGAUCGCGGACUGCGUCAAGGCGAAUUUGAACUUUUCCUUCCCGGGCACGCCGGAUACGAUUUGGUCCGGAUCGCCGGCGGGCAGCUUGUCGUCGGAACCGCUGAGUGCGCUAUCGCCUGCGAACGCCGAGAGGUUGAAGCGCGCCUCGACGACGCAUGCUACGCUGGACGAUCUGCUCGUGGGCCAAGCGCAGACGCUCAAGCAGCUUUCGGUCAGGUCGUUGGAGCAGGCGGUAUCGGACUACUGCGCAAAGACGACGCGUGCGAUGGGCGUGAGUUUCACCGAAAAGGGGUUCCUGGCGGAAUGCGUGAGGGUCAACCCGUUGCUCAUGGCGGCGUUGAACAUUGCGAUCUAUGCGUUUGCGGAGGAAGGGAUGCAGAGCUAUUUUGAGGAGGCGGCGAGGAUGAGGGGGUUGAUAGAGACGUUGUUGGGAAGCUUCCCGCCGGUGGAUUUGGGCAAGUUGACGAGUCACGAGCAUUUGGGGUUCAGGACGUAUGUUUGGAGCGAUGUGACGACGGCGAUUGCGUGCGGGACGAGGCCGCAUCUGCAGCUUGCGAUGUCGACGUACAGCACGGAGCACGAGGAGGGGGAGAGUGUGGAGGGGAUCAGGGGGGAAGAUCAGACAUUCGGUUUGGCGGAUGUGACGUUGAUCGCGCUCUCGGACAUCGCGCGGUUGAGGUACGAUUUCGACGGAGGCGACUUUUCGCACACCGCUAGGCGAUCCUCCGGUUCACCCGUACCGCAGUGGGUGCACGAGCGAGCACGACGCAUCCAGACGCGUGCGGAAUCGUGUACGAUCGACACCCCCUUAACGACGGGUUCUGCGAUCUGCGCUGUGCUCACCAAGAGUGCAUGUAUCAUUCUCAUCCACACGCUGAUCUACCGCGUGGGUGCACUGCAUCCCGUGGUGAGGGGCCUAUUGAGGGGCAUGCUGGAGCUGUGGACGAGUGCGGGCGAGGCGUACUGCAGGAGUGUCGGGUGCAGCAACUUCAACCUGCCGAUGUUCGUGGCGGCGAGCGUGGCGGUGGACGAGGCGGACAGGAGGGUGUGCGACCAGGCGAUGCGCGUGGUAGGGCAUGAGGAGGCGGGGCCCGCGAGCGGCAGGGAGCUGGUGAGGGAGGUGUGGAGGAGGAGCGAUGUGACGGGCACGCCGGUCUUCUGGACGGAUCUGAUUGCGGGCGGGGACUUUGCCGUGGCGUUCUUCUGA